GGCUGCAGGGGGCUAGGCUCUGAUUGGCCCCGCGGUCCGCCGCCGGUCCACGGCUUCUCGGGUAUUUCUGGACAAGAGUGAGGGUCUGUGGAGUGGCGUUGGAGUGCAGCUUCGUCUCACGGGAUGGCUCAGUGGUAUCAGCUACAGCAACUUGAUUCCAAGUUUUUGGAGCAAGUUCACCAGCUAUACGAUGACAGCUUUCCUAUGGAGAUCAGGCAGUACCUGGCACAGUGGCUGGAAAACCAGGACUGGGAACAUGCAGCUAACAACGUCUCUUUUGCUACGGUGUUAUUCCAUGACCUGCUGUCACAGCUUGAUGAUCAAUUUAGCAGAUUCUUGAUAGAAAACAACUUUCUGCUGCAACACAACAUAAGGAAAAGCAAACGUAACCUUCAGGAUAAUUUCCAAGAGGACCCAAUACAAAUGGCAAUGAUCAUCUGUAGCUGUCUGAAAGAAGAGAGAAAAAUUCUAAGCAGUGCCCAGCUGUCAAAUCAGAUGGAGGUAGGGGGUAUACAGAACACUGUGAUUGGGAUGCUGGACAAACAGAAGGGGCUUGAUGUGGAAGUUAAAGGUGUAAAAAACAGUGUUAUAGAUGUGGAGCAAGACAUCAAGACAUUAGAGGAUAUGCAAGAUGAAUAUGACUUCAAAUGUAAAACCUUGCAGAAUAGAGAGCACGAGUCCAACAGUACGUCGCAGGAGGAAUAUAAGAAAGAACAGAUGAAUCUCAAUAAGAUGUUUUUAUCACUUGACCUGAAGAGAAAGGAAGUGGUGAACAAGAUAGUACAGCUGCUGAAUGCCACAGAGCACACACAGACUGCUCUUAUUAAUGAGGAGCUGGUGGAGUGGAAACGCAGGCAACAGACAGCAUGCAUUGGUGGCCCACCCAAUGCCUGUCUUGACCAGCUACAGAACUGGUUCACUAUUGUUGCUGAAAGUCUACAGCAAGUUCGUCAGCAGCUCAAAAAGCUUGAGGAGCUGGAACAGAAGUUUACCUAUGACCCUGAUCCCAUCACAAAAAAUAAACAAGUUCUGCAGGACCGAACACACAGUCUUUUCAAACAACUCAUCCAGAGCUCCUUUGUGGUGGAGAGGCAGCCUUGCAUGCCAACACAUCCUCAGAGGCCACUAGUCCUGAAGACAGGAGUACAAUUUACUGUAAAGCUAAGAUUGCUGGUGAAAUUGCAAGAAUUGAACUACAACUUGAAAGUGAAAGUCUUAUUCGAUAAAGAUGUAAGCGAGAAGAACUCGGUCAAAGGGUUCAGGAAAUUUAAUAUUUUGGGAACAAGCACAAAAGUGAUGAACAUGGAAGAAUCCACUAAUGGAAGUCUAGCAGCAGAAUUCAGGCACUUGCAACUGAAAGAACAGAAAAAUGCAGGAAGCAGAACAAAUGAGGGUCCUCUCAUUGUAACAGAAGAACUUCACUCUCUGAGUUUUGAGACACAGCUGUGCCAGCCUGGCUUGGUAAUAGACCUAGAGACCACGUCGCUCCCCAUUGUUGUUAUCUCAAAUGUGAGCCAGCUUCCAAGUGGAUGGGCUUCUAUCUUAUGGUUCAACAUGCUGUCUACUGAUCCCAAGAACUUGUCCUUCUUUCUGAAUCCACCUUAUGCAAAGUGGUCUAAACUUUCUGAAGUUCUGAGUUGGCAGUUUUCAUCUGUAACAAAGAGAGGACUUAACGCAGAUCAGCUGAGCAUGUUGGGAGAGAAGCUACUUGGGCCAACAAGUGGAGGAUCUCACGAUUGCCUUAUUCCUUGGACAAGAUUCUGCAAGGAAAAUAUAAAUGAUAAAAAUUUCUCCUUUUGGCUGUGGAUUGAGGGAAUCCUGGAGCUUAUUAAGAAACACCUCCUGUGUCUCUGGAAUGAUGGUUGCAUCAUGGGUUUCAUCAGCAAAGAGAAAGAACGUACUUUAUUGAAGGACCAGAGUCCAGGAACAUUUUUGCUAAGGUUCAGUGAAAGCAGCAGAGAGGGAGCAAUCACAUUUACCUGGGUAGAAGGAUCUCAGAUUGAGCCCCAGUUCCAUUCAGUGGAACCAUACACCAAGAAGGAGCUUUCUGCUGUUACUUUCCCUGACAUCAUUCGCAACUACAAAGUGAUGGCAGCUGAAAACAUUCCUGAAAAUCCACUGAGAUUUCUGUACCCAGAUAUACCCAAAGACAAUGCCUUUGGCAAAUAUUACUCCAGGCCUAAGGAGGCACCAGAGCCUAUGGAUUUGGAUGGUCCCAAGGGAAACGGCUACAUCAAGACUGAGUUAAUCUCUGUAUCUGAAGUCCACCCUUCCAGGCUCCAGUCUCCAGAAAAUCUGCUCCCCAUGUCUCCUGAAGAGUUUGAUGAGGUGUCCCGGAUUGUGGGCCCAGCAGAGAUUGACACUGUGAUGUGUUCAGCGUAUUCAAGUUAAAGGUUGAGCUUCUUACUGCAUCAUUAACAUCAUUGAUUAGCUUAUGCAUCCUGCUUUGCAGCCAAUGACUUGGUGACAUGCUUCACUUCAGUUUUUUGGUUUCUCCACCUGAAGGUCCAGUGGCAAGUUUUAACUAAUGGGAAUAUAAACAGCAGUCUGAGUAGCCUCCUUCCAUGCACUUCUUUUGUUUAGAAGUUCUUUGUUAAAGUAUUUCCAGUUAGUGAGAUACCGUACCAGAGUGAAGAUAGGAAUGAGAGGUCCUCAGCAAGAGUGAUGAGUAACAUGCAUUUUUUGUGUAAUGGAAUUAGUUAAAUAUAGUGUGUAAAACAGCUGGCUGUACAUAGAA